AUGUCGUCGACACAGUACAUCGCCACGGAGACAAUAACUGCUCCACAGUCGUCCAUCUCGUCAAGGCCUAAGAAUUUGGCGCCUCGACCCUUUUCCUGGCGACCAUACUUGGAGCUCACACGCUUCAGUAAGCCCGCUGGUCUCUUGGGCGUCUACUUCCCCUAUUUCAUAGGACUCCUCUACUCGGUCAAUCUGACCAACCCGAGAGGCCUAACCCCAGUCGACUGGCUCAAGCUCAUCGCUGUCUUACUGCUCGAUGGUCUGCUUAUCCGCAGUCUCGGCUGCGCCUGGAAUGACACUGUCGACCAAGAUCUCGAUCGCCAGGUCGAGCGCUGCAAGAAGCGGCCGCUCGCCCGUGGCGCAAUUACGACACCAGAAGCACUCGCUGCCACACUCCUCCUCGCCCUCGCCCGCCACGCCUUACUUUACGCAACGCUGUCACCUCGUGCAAACCAGCACGCCCUGCUGACCACCAUCUUGGGCUUGACUUACCCUUUCAUGAAGCGCAUCUGCAACUACCCACAGCUCUGCCUUGGUCUGGGUGUAGGAUGGGCUGUUUUCCUGGUUGACGCUGCUGUCGCCGAUGGCUAUGGUGCUGGCAACGUCUCUGGAUUCAAUAAGGAGGACCGCAACAAAGCUACAUUUGCCAUAUUCGCUUCCCAGGCCCUGUUCAACAUCACUUACGAUACUAUCUAUGCCUUCCAGGACAUUCGGGACGAUCUCAAGGCAGGUGUGGGUUCGCUCGCUGUGGCUGUGCGUCAUCAGCCCAAGUUGUUUCUGUUGUCCGUUGCAAGCGCUAUGGCCGCAUUCUUGUGGGUCACCGUAUCCUGCGGCCGUCUCGUACUCGGCCCAUCCCGGGCUGGUGCUGUCUUUGCUUCCAUCUCCACACUAGUCAUGUUGACCCGGAUCGAUGUGUGGAACCCGCGUAUGUGCAGGGACUUCUUCGUGAACAGCCAGUGGUGGGUGAGUGGCGCUUUGCUGGCUGGUCUUUUGGGAGAACUUGUCAUGAACAACUUGCAAAUCUAA